AUGCUUAAAACUGUACUGAAUCCAGGUUUUGUCGGCAUAAAUUGCGAGCGAUCCGCCGCUUUGCAGACGUGUCCUCCAGGUUUCUGGGGAAAAUUCCCGUACUGCAAACUGUGCUCAUGCCCUGAAGGAUUUGAGACGCAAUGCAACAAGGAAAAUGGAGAAUGCCGUUGCCCGAAAUUCCAAUACUCCCUUGGUGGUCGAUGUGUAAGUUGUGAGUGCGGAUAUGGCGCAUCUACUCUCCAGUGUUCUACAGAUGGUCAGUGCCAGUGUGGCGGAGAAGCCAGUGGUCGAAGGUGUGAUCGCUGUAUACUCGACAAUCAUGUUCUUGAUGCAAAGACGUUGAAGUGUUUACCAGUUCGAGGACACUGCCCAUCACAAAUCCAGUUCGGCGUUCAAUGGCCAACAACACCAAAAGGCACCACUGCUCGUCAGUCCUGUCCUAAUGCUCAAACCGGAUUAGCAACCAGAUCAUGUAGUGAGGAUGGACGAUGGCUCGAAUCUUCUCAAGUGAUUUCCUCAAGUGAUUCAUUCAGAUUAGACCACGUCGCACAUAAUCACGUGAAAGAUAUGUGGUUCACUGAAACUCUUGUAAUGGCAACUGGCAAGAUCGCUGCUCACGAAUCUCCAGAAGGUUACAUAGAACUAAUUAGGAAACUGUGGAAAUAUGCUAGACUAUUGUAUGAUACGCACGUGCAAAUGCCCUACCUUCAACCGUUCCAGAUUUCUUCCGAGUAUAUCGUGUUUUCUAUGGAUGUGCUCGAUUUCUCAAACACACUUCCAAAAUACAAUAAUUUUAUUGAUCGUCGUCCUAAAGGCUUCCCCUCGGUUUCGAUUCACGUGGAAAACGCCACCCAGGACACGCAUUCUUCGUGGUCCACUCGUUACGCCAAACUGGUUGCUUUGAAUAUCUCCCACACCAUGUGUGAAUUUUCUACUGGAGGAGUCUACACUGUUUUUGCGACAGCAGAUUCGACGUCCUACAUACAGCUGUCGCACUCCAACAUUAUCGUCGCUCCCAUACUCGCGGCACUCGCGCUGAUGCUGUGUGUGAUUUCUAUAGUACUCGCGUUAACCAGAAAAGCUGCAGGCGCACGUCGCAUCCGGCUUGGAUUCAUCAUCACUUUCAUGCUGAACGUCAUUAAUCUCUACUUUCUCAACAAAGUUCAACUAAAUGAGAGCUUAUGUCCUUUGCGCAAUGGCAUCCUUUCGUUCACCUCCAGUGCUCCGUUCAUCUGGCUGUUCCUCCAUUCACUUCACCUUUACCGUAUGCUCUCCGAAGGGAGCGCAAAUUCAAGCGGAACGCUGUGUUUCUUGCUCGGAGUGGUGCUUCCGGGAAUUCUGUCCUGUGCGACGUUCCUCUUCGGUUUCCACUGUGCAUUUGAUCCCCAACAGUGGCUAUUCUGGAUAACUGUCACACCGAUUGCCCUUAUGCUACUGGAGAUCAUCUGUAACAUCACGCUACUCGUCGCCUGCAUAUACAUUGUGAUUUGGAGUGCAUAUCCCGGAGGAAGGGAAUUUUCUAACACCACCACUACCAUGUGGCUUGACACUUCGCAGAAGAGUGGAAUUGCCGAGUCGGUGGCGCUUCGCUGUGAAAGCCCGCUUCUUCCAGAACCAGUGAAUGAAACUUGGUUGCCAGAGGCAAUUCCUGCUGAUCCGUACCUGACAUCAACUCCGAUUCGCGAUCACGAUCGAGAUCGAGAGAACCCCGUAGCCAACGCCAUUCUAUCUCCUGCCGAUAAAAUUCUCAGCGACGGCCUUGGCCAUGUUUAUGGUGAGGAUUUAUGCGAUUAUUUAUUGCCGAUUUCGUUCUUGUAA